AACACUUUGAGAUGGAUCGGAAUUAUGUGACUGUUGUGAAAGCCUUUCUGGAGAGAAACAAGAUGAAAGCAGGCAGCAUCCAGAAGGAGCCCUCCUCCUCCUUUACAUGAAAGAAUACAAGAAGGAAAUGUACAAAUGUACGGAGUGUGCAGAAGGUUUUGGUACAAGCCGCUCUCUUACAUUGCAUAAAAAGACUCACAAAGCAGAGGAUCCACACAAAUGUCUGGAUUGUGGAAGGACCUUCAGGCAGAAAAAUCAUCUGAGUUCACACAAAAGGGUCCAUGAAGAGACGAAGCAGCAUCAAUGGAUUAAUAGGGGAAAGUCCUUCAAAAGCAGAGCCUCCCUUACUUCCCACCAAAGCAUCCACAGAGAGGAGAAGUUGCAGAAACGCAGGGAGGGUAGAAUGAUGUUUACUUGGAGCAAUGAACCAAAUUCCCAGAAAAAAAGCCCCACUGGGAAUAAGUCAUGUAAAUGCCUGGAAUGUGGGAAGAGCUUCCGCUCUGCAAGUGACCUCACUUACCAUAAUAGGAUCCAUACAGGGGGAAAGCCAUAUCAUUGCACAGUGUGCGGAAAGAAUUUUGCACAAAAAGGCAACUUCAAUUUACAGAAGAGGAUCCAUGCUGGAGAGAAGCCGUAUAAAUGCACAGAAUGUGGGAAAUGCUUCAGGACCUCCAGUGCCCUUACUCACCAUAAGAGGAUUCACACAGGGGAGAAACCCUAUGAAUGUUUGGAGUGUGGAAAAAGCUUCAACAGACGUGACACUCUAGCCUUACAUAAUAGGAUACAUAAAGGGGAGAAACGUUAUAAAUGCUUGCACUGUAGAAAAAGCUUCAGUCAAAAAGUUCAUCUUAAGUCACAUGAGAGGAUCCACAUGGGGGAAAAACCAUUUCAAUGCAUGGAGUGUGGAAAGAGCUUCCGUUUAUCUGGUCAUCUUACUGCCCAUCACAGAAUCCACACAGGGCAGAAGCCCUUUCAAUGCCUGCAGUGUGGAAAGUGCUUUGCCAAUUCUAGCAGCUUUAAUACCCACAAACGGACCCACACAGGGGAGAAACCGUACAAAUGCCUGGAGUGUGGAAAGAGCUUCAGUAAAUCCAGCCACUUAACUUCCCAUAGAAAUAUCCACAGUGGAGAGAAACCGUAUCAAUGCACCGAGUGUUGGAAGCCCUUCAGUCAAACAAGUCACCUUAAUAUCCAUAAAAGGAUCCACACGGGUGAAAAGCCUUAUAAGUGCACCGAAUGUGACAAAUGCUUCACCAGUUUGAGGUCCCUCACUUCCCACAAAAGGCUCCACACCAGGGAGAAACCAUAUGAAUGCCGCAUUUGUGGAAAGAGCUUCAAUGCAAAAAAAAGCUGUAUCCUACACAGCAGAACCCACACUGGGGAGAAACCAUAUCAGUGCCAGCAGUGUGGAAAAUGCUUCAGUGAUUCUGGAAAACUGACGAUCCAUAAAAGGAUUCACACAGGGGAGAAACCCUUUAAGUGCACAGAAUGCAGCAUGAGUUUCAGAAGAAGUGGUUACCUUUAUAGCCACAAGAGGAUCCACACUGGAAAGAAACCAUAUACAUGUCAUGAGAGCCAUAGAAGGCUUCACUCAGGGAAGAAAUCCUAUAAAUGCCUGGAGUGUGGAAAAUGUUUUAGUGAGAGUGCCCAGCUUACCUCCCACAAUAGGAUCCACACAGGAGAGAAGCUGUUUAAAUGCAUCGACUGUGGAAAGAGUUUCAAAGAUGGGAGAAAUCUUAUGCUGCAUAAAAGAAUCCACACAGGGGAGAAGCCAUAUCAGUGUGUAGAGUGUGGAAAUAAAUUCAGAACUGGGAGUGUCUUUAAUUACCAUAAGAAGACCCACAGCAUGAAAAGAUGA